UUGUGAGUACACACUCCUUCCAGAGGACCAGCUCAAACCCUCAGCGGGACACCCACACAGCAGCCACCAUGAGAGAGUUCAAGAGCAAGGAUUUCUGGAGGGCCGUUCUGGCCGAACUGGUUGGCAUGACCCUGUUCAUUUUUCUCAGCAUCUCCACAGCCAUUGGGAACACAAACAACGCCAACCCAGACCAGGAGGUGAAGGUGUCGCUGGCCUUCGGACUGGCCAUCGCCACACUGGCCCAGAGUUUAGGCCACAUCAGUGGAGCCCACCUGAAUCCUGCAGUCACCCUCGGGAUGCUCGCCAGCUGUCAGAUCAGUGUGUUCAAGGCAGUCAUGUACAUUGUGGCCCAGAUGCUGGGUUCAGCCCUGGCCAGCGGCAUUGUGUAUGGAGCGCGUCCACAUACUACCGAUGCACUGGGGCUCAACGCUCUCAACGGUGUCACUCCCAGCCAAGGCGUGGGCAUAGAGCUGCUGGCAACCUUCCAGCUGGUGCUGUGUGUCAUUGCAGUCACUGAUAAAAGGAGGCGUGAUGUCACCGGCUCUGCACCGUUGGCUAUUGGCCUCUCAGUCUGCUUGGGACACUUGGCAGCUAUCAGCUACACGGGCUGCGGCAUCAAUCCUGCUCGCUCCUUUGGUCCUGCUUUGAUCCUGAACAAUUUUACAAACCACUGGGUGUACUGGGUGGGUCCCAUGUGUGGUGGCGUAGCAGCGGCUCUCAUGUACGACUUCCUGCUCUCCCCCAAAUUUGACGACUUCCCCGAGCGUAUGAAGGUCCUGGUCAGCGGCCCAGUGGGCGACUACGAUGUUAACGGAGGCAACGAUGCUACGACUGUGGAGAUGACGUCCAAGUAGUGCCUUGCAAACCCGAACACUUAAUAUCUAUGUACAUGUCUAUACUCCUGUAAAUGCUCUUGAAUUUAGUGUAGGAUGUUAGUGUUUUUGUGUUGCUGUGAAGUACCAAUGAGGAAUGUGGUCAACGGGUCAGAUAGCGUCUCUCUCUAAUUCACUCCUUUGUUUAACUCUGUACAAACUUUUUUAUCCAAACUGCCACUCAAGCAUGCAAGUUAAGAUUGAACGUCUUGAUAAAGCAGUUGAGUUUUUAUUCCCCAUAUCAGUAUUUUAUGUUGAGCCAUUUUUUGUAUACAUAUUUCUAUUUACCUGCAUCACAUAUUAUUUCAGAUGAAUAAUGUAUUGUGUGUGCACUCUUGAAAUGUCUCACUUUUUUAAGUAAAGUAAAACACUUGAUGUUAA